AUGGGAGUGAUUCUCACUGUACACCAGGCGUCGGGAAUCCUGGACUCCAUGAAAGACAUAUUGAUUAGGUGCGUUAAAAUAGGGGCUAUCUCAGAACGGCAAGAUUUAAGAAGAAAAGGCGAGAUACCAUUCGGUCCGGCAGCUGUUGAUCCACGGACCUUUUUAAGGUGUUUCUCUACUGUUGCCAAAGACAGGGGUUGUAAUGUACUUGGUGAUAGGGGAAUGUCAUCUAAGGGACGAUGGGAGUCAUUGUGACUAAAUAUAAAAUUUUUAUUUAGGGAGUCUAAAUCUGCAUCCCCAUGCACCAGCGUGUUGCAAUGGCCAGUGAGACGCCUAAGAUUUUUCCAAAUCUCAGCUGAGGAAGGGGGGAAAGGGGGGGAGUAAGAAGAGGAAAAACGUUGGCUGACAAACAGGCUAUUUAGCCUGCCAAUCUCUGUUUUUAUUAAGACGGUAACGUCCUUAAGGUUAUCACGUAAGCGUAGAUUGUAAAGGAGUUCUUUCUUACGUCUUAACGAUUUCAGAUGGGGGGAAGAAAUUCUAUCCGGUCGUACCAUAACAGUAUCAAAAGGGCAGCAAAUAUCGAAAAUUUCCUUUAAAAACGCUGUCAGGUUGGAAGAACAGGAUUCAACAUUAGAAUGUUCAAGGAAAGUGGGGAUGGUAAGAGAAAUGCAAGUCUGCAGCAUGAGAAUGUUUUGGGCGGACGUGUUGCGAACCUUAACCUUUCUCUCAGGCUUGGCCAGCAAUGCACGUUUUGAAGUGGAAUAGAUUUUUGGAAGACACAAUACAGUGGAAUGGUCAGAACCUGAAAAUGGGGCCCUGUUUUUUACACAAAAAAGAUUGCUGUGGUUAGUCAGAAUAUAAUCAAGAGGGGCAUCUGCGCGAGUAUUAAAGGAAACAAGAUCAUCGAAGCCUAAAAAUGUAAGAGGACGUGAAUUCACUUGAUUAAAAUCACCGCAUAAGUCAGCUAGAUAGUCGCAGGAUAAUAUAGGAAGUUUUUGUGAGAGGAAGUCGAAAAACGGGUUAAUGCGCCUUCACAGGAGGAGGGGAAUGUAAAUACUAACAAAUAUGAUGCCUUUAAAAUUACUUAACAAACGGGGCUUACAUAAAACAGCGAUUACAUCUAUUAAAUCAUCAGAGUAAGAAAAAGGGAUUUACAGUCUCAACACCAAUUUUGAUUAACAAAAAUGGCGACGCCUCCACCUCUGCCACAAGAUAAAGAUUUUCUAUCUUUUCCAAAGCAGUUCAUGGAUGGGGGAGUAAUAAGUUGCGAAUCAAUGUCACGUCGUGCGGUGAGCAGCAUGAUCGCCACUACACUAUCGGGGCACGGCCAACGGACUGAAAUAAGUAAAGGAGUAAACAUUAUUCGUAGUACAAAUGACUGCAACUCUUUAUAUAUCGCUGUUAAGUCACCUCCCGCUAAACGAGCAAGGAGCCUAGUAAGUUGUAUGGAUAUCAAAUACGAAGACGAAGCCUGUACGACAUGUUUCGGACUCCUUCAAAAAUUUGCGGAAAUGGAGAGGGAGAUAAAGUGCCUUAAAGUGGAGGAAUCUCCCUCGCUAUUCAUCCAAAGAGAAUGAAAGCGAGCGAACUUACGCAAACACGGCUUCCUCGGCUGUGUCGACGGAGGAGAAAGAAAAUAGUAGGUCGCUAGAGCUUGAUAGGAAUGACACACAGUGUCUUGUGCGAAAAAAGCGCGGUCAGACGCGAUCUCAGCGAGCAAAAAGAAAUCUCAGGGUACCUCAAAAAGGCACAGAGAGUCAGUCGAGGGAACAAGAGUUGGCUACGCCGCACACGAAAAUCGCGCCGCUGAAAACGAAAAAUGAUCAAAAGAUCGUAGUAAACAGGCAGUCAUGCGUUAGUCCUGCUGAAUCAAACCUUCCUAAAUCGGUGGAAGGUUGUAGCCGGGAUGCACGCGAUGAAGACUCUGUAGGUAUGAUUAUACCACAAGGCCGUCUAGUUGAUCGCAGUAAAUGCAUCGUUAUAAAGGGCAUGCCUGAGUCUGUUUCCGACGCUUCAAAGGACAGAAUACAACAUGACAUAGAAAUAUUCCAGGAAUAUCUCAAAUCGAUCUUAAUAAGAGACGAAAAAGUCACAGUAUUAAAGGCUUUCAGGAUGGGCAAAAUUAAAGACUCAAAACAAGAUCCAGACCGACCGAGACCGUGAAAAAUUGUCUUUGAGAAUGACGAACAAACACAGCUGCUUUUGAGCAGGAAAGCUGCGCUUAAACACGCCCAUCCAUCAGUUUUUUUUCAGCGGGACUUUUCACCCGCGGAGCGAGAAAAAUGGAGGGGGCUCAAAUUGGAAGUCCUCAGGCGGUCGAGUCUGGGCGAGACAAAUCUCCGAAUAGUGGACGGAAAAAUUAUACGCGUCCAGAGGCCAUUCCUCUGGAGAAAGCCCAUAACUCUAACAGCUUAGGAGUGAUGGAAAGCAGUUCAUCCCGAUCAGCUCCGACCGGCUUUUGCAUUCAAUCCCAAGAAAUGGAUAAACGCCAGUAUGCCGGAGUUGCUCGUGCCAAAUUGAGAUUUUUGUAUACCAAUGCUCAAAGUAUCGUUUCGAAAAUCAACGAACUCAAAGCGAGAGUACCGGAACAAAUCUCCGACGUCAUCGCCAUAACGGAAACUUGGCUUAAUGCCGAAAUAAUGGAUGCUGAGAUUUCGAUACCGGGUUACAAGCUGUUUCGUAGAGACCGUCAAAAUAGGCAGGGCGGAGGGGUAGUCGUAUAUGUAAGGGAAGGAAUUUCAGCAGUUGAAAGAGCCCACACCCUAUCCCUUGAAUAUGAAUCCGUCUGGAUAAAGAUAAAGAAGAGCAAUGCACAAAAUCUAGAAUUUCUGGCGAUUUACAGACCACCAAAUCUUCUGAGUGCAGCUGAUGAGUCGCUCCUUGGUUUAGUCAAAGACGUAGCUAGCCACCAAGAGGUACUUAUUGCUGGGGAUUUCAACGCACCUGCAAUAGAGUGGGAAACUAUGGCAGUUAAUGGUGGACCAGCCUCUUUCAGCAAUAAGCUACUGGACCUCACACUCGAUCUCCCUCUGGCGCAACAUGUGAAGGUACCAACAAGAUUUCGAGAGAACCAGAGAGCAAAUUGUCUAGACCUAGUUUUCACUAAAGACUUCUCUAAUUUCGACGAAGUGUAUUCCAAUGCACCUCUCGGGAAAAGUGACCAUACCACGCUAUUAUGGGAUUACUCGCUCUUCUCUAAACGCCAGAAGAGAACAGAGGGCCAACCUAAUAUAUGGAAGGCAGAUUUUAAUAUGACGAAGAACGAAUUGCUGUCCGUGAAUUGGGACCAAAUAUUCAGGGGAGAUCCGGAGGAGGACUGGAGAUCUUUUUAAACGAUUUCACUCGAUCUGAUUAGGCGCUGUUGUCCACCUAAAGUUUAAAAAACAACUAGUCGACCUGCUUGGUUAACUAGGGACCUAAAUAAGCAGCUACGGAAGGAAAGCAAAAGAUGGAAAAUAUUCAGGGAAACUGCGUCACCAGCGCAUUUCGAAGAAUUUCGUCGUCAACGAAACGCCGUCAAAAAAUGUAUCCGUCAGGCACGGAAGGAGUAUGAAUCCAAAAUUAUACGACAGGCUGAACAGAAGCCUAAGAUUUUAUUUCACUAUCUGAACAGUAGACUGAAAAAUAAGGACCCGGUCGCGGUGCUGAAGGAGGAUAAUGGUGUAGAGAUCAUUGAGAACAACGAGAAAGCCGAACACUUAGGUCAGUAUUUUGCCUCCGUUUUUACUAGAGAAACUGAGUUUCGCUGUCGCAGUGCCGGCAAUGCUCUUGAGACUGUUGGUCCCGUGCUUGACUCCAUACUCUUCCCGGCAGCUGCCGUGGAAAGGGAGCUGAAAAAUCUCAAAGAAGCAAAGUCCUCGGGUCCGGACAAUAUACCGGCCAAAUUCUUGAAGGAACUGGCGAAUGAACUUUCCAAACCACUGGCGCACAUCUUCCGCUCGUCAUUCGAAUUAGGGAGGUUGCCAUCGGAAUGGAAGACAGCAAAUAUCUUUCCGAUAUACAAGGGCGGGGCUCGCACUUAUGCUAACAAUUACCGGCCUGUUAGUCUAACCUGCAUCUGCUGUAAAAUAAUGGAGGCCAUAGUUAAGAAAGCAACUAUGGAGUUCCUGUAGCAGGGUUAUUUAAUCUCAGACCUGCAGCACGGCUUUAGACGGAACCGCUCGUGUCUUUCCAGUUUAUUGCUCUCGACGCAGCAGUGGACUCGCGCACUGAAUGGGGAUGGGAGGGUUGAUGUCAUAUACACAGACUUUAAGAAGGCGUUCGACAGCGUCCCACACAAACGCCUAAUCUACAAACUUUCUGAAAUUGGGAUAAGAGGAACGCUGCUGACAUGGAUAACAGAUUUUCUUACCGGGAGAUCGCAAACCGUGUGCAUUGAGGCCUCAAGGUCAACUCCUACUCCCGUUCUAAGUGGUGUACCCCAGGGCUCCGUCUUAGGGCCGUUGCUAUUCCUGGUUUACAUUAACGACUGCGUCGACGACCUGGGAUGCAGCGCCAUCAUGUUUGCUGACGAUGUUAAGCUGUGGAGACCCAUCAGAUCUGAUGCAGACAGGUACGCGCUUCAAGACGCUCUCAACCGCCUAAACAGUUGGUCAGCUCGCUGGCUCCUCAAUUUUAAUGUGGACAAAUGUGUGGUCCUGAGACUCCGCACCAGACGGACCAGUAAGGAGGACGAUUCCUUUCAAUAUGUCCUUGGUGGUCAGUCCCUUUUUAAAUGUUGUGGAACAGAAGGACCUCGGCCUCCUAAUGACCUCCUCGCUGAAACCAUCUUCACAGUGUCAAAGGGCAGCCAAAAGUGCGAUAAGGGUGUUAUUUGCGCCGAGGCGAGGAUUUGUGCAGAUCAACAAGGAGCUGUUCGGAAAAACCUAUGGGGCAUUCGUCCGGUCUCACUUAGAGUAUGCAGUCCAGGCCUGACGACCGUGGUUAAAGAAAGAUUAUCAACGACUGGAAAGAGUACAGGCGAUGGCUACGAAGGUGGUCAAGAAUCUUCAUCAUUUGCCUUACGAAACCAGGCUGACCGAACUAAAUCUGUUUCCUCUAAAUUACAGGAAACUGCGCGGCGAUCUCAUUCAAACCUACAGGAUUGUCAGAAGCGGAGCGUGUGCCCUAGAUUUUGAUGAAUUCUUUGAAUUGGCCCGGACUGACCGUCUGCGUGGUCAUCCGUUCAAACUGCAAAGGAAGCGGGCUCAUUCGGACGUCCGACGGAACGCCUUCUCCCACAGGGUCAUCGGGGCAUGGAAUGGACUCCCUGAUGCCGUCGUUCUUUCCGAAAGUGUUAAAUCCUUUAAGUGCAGACUAGACGCUCACUUGUUGAGAACCUACUGUACAUACAAUCAUGAUUGUUUUAGCGGCGGUAGUUUGCGCCUGGCUCACACUUACCGCUAACUUCUUAACUUUUCGCAUUUGCUGAUGUAAUUGAUGACUUUAUUUCUGUUUAUCGACAUGAAUAGGGUGCUCAAGGGCGAAAGCCUCAUUCCCUUAAUAAACUGACUUAAACUGACUUAUUAAGCGACGUCUCUUGAAGGCAGACAACUUCAGUUUUGCCGUGUUCUUUUUUUCGACAAAAGUAGCUCCAAAUCAUGGGCUUUGUUGAAAAUAGAACGACAGUUUGUCGACAAGAAGGCAGGGAUUGACAAUUUGUGAUUUGGCGGACGUUUGAAUGCGAAUUGAGAGCCACAUCGGUGUUUUUCCGAUGCAUAGGCCAUUGUUGACGAAUAUUUGAUAAAUUGAACACAGAACGAUCGCAACUACGACAUAUUAGUCGUAAAGUACAAAAAUUUUCAUCAUGGUCGUUCGUAAGUGAAAUUAACAAUUUAAAUCCGUUCAAAUGGGCGCCAGCGUACUGUAGAGACGACCUCAUAAUCUUAGCUCAGACAAACAAAGAAUGCAAAACAAUUCAGUAUAUCGAAGAAAAAAGGCACAAUAAUGUACAAUUAGUAAAAAUCCACACGUGAAAAGAGAGCUACAAAAAUGGCGGCUCAAAUUCAAAAGCCCGCGCAUGCAGGAGUUGCGCGUGGCAUAAGACCGAUCUCUCGGAGUGACAGUGUCAAUGAGCGGAAGACUGGAGCUAGAGUUGAUGCGAAAAAGGAAGCAAAGGCCAGCUUCCAGUCUUCUAACCUACAAAAACUUAAUGUUUGCAGCUGACAUCUCCGAGUAUAAGAAAUACUGGACGAAGCUUGAGAGAACAGUUUCCAAAUGAAAACCCUCUGAACAUUUUCGAUUUUAUUACGGUCGCAGGCGUUCAUUAAACCAAAGAAAGGACAGCAGUAUUCGAGGACUGGAAGAACAAACAUUUGAUAAAGUCUGAGCUUCAUUUCCGGAAGGAAAACAUUAUGCGAUAUGAAUCCACAUAUCUGCGCGGCCUUGGCAGAGAUUCUAUCUGCAUGAGGUGAUAAAGCAAGCUUAUUUGUAUAACUAAGACCUAGGUCCUUUAUCGUGAGGCAUUCUGAGAGUGGGUUAUUCUGAAAAAUUAUGGGACUAGGAAGUUUGUUAGGAGCAAAAGACAUGAAACUACACUUCGAUGAUGAAAACUCCAUCUGCAAUGUCGAACCCCAUCUGCUUAAGCGUAGUAAAUCGGCAUUAAUUUUUUCAACACAAACAUUUGCGGUGUACUUAGAGUAUGAGUAAACACACGUAAGAUUAUCGGCAUAAGUAAAAGUUUGCUAAUUUCCGAGUUCAGUCGAAAUAUCAUUGAUGUACAUAAGAAAGAGUAGCGGACCCAGGAACUUGCCUUGAAGUACGCCACUCGUGAUCGAGUGGGGUGUCGAGUAGCUAUUACCGACCAUGACUUUCUGAUAUCGGUUGGACAGAUAGGACCUGAUGAAGUCGAGUAGAGGCGGCCGGAUGCCGAGAGCUUCCAAUUUUACUAAAAGACGUCUAUGGGGCACCUUGUCAAAGGCUUUGCUAAGAUCAAAGUAUAUAACUACCACUGACUGCCGCUCAUUACGAAGAGAAGUGAUUAGAUUAAGAAAAGCCAAGUGACAUGUUUCACAGGAUCGUUCAAAUAAAAAUCCAUGCUGACUAGAGCUCAGAAGACGAUUAGCUAGACAGAAGUCAAGAAUUUCAUUGAAAAUAAUCCUUUCAAGAAGUUUUGCUAGAGACGGCGUUUUGUGCACACCCCGAUAGUUAUUAACAUCCGACCGAGAUCCUGACUUGAAAACGGGACGUUUUCCAUGUUUCAGGAAAGAAUCCUUUUGAGAUAUAAACCGAGAAUAAAUGACUGAGCAAUAUGGGAAGGUCGGACGCUUGUUUACUAAUCGAAUUCGGAAACCCGUCCGCUCGUGAGCAGUGUGAGUAUUUCAAACGGCUUAUGUGUUUCUUAAUGAGAUCUGAGGAGACAUCAAUUGUACUAAGUGUCCUAUCUGAAAGUGAUCGAAAUAAAGGAACCGGAUCGGACUCGGUAUCAAGGUGUUUUGCAAAGAAAGCACUAAACAACUCCGCCUUGUCAGUGUCAUCGGUGAGGAAGACUUUGUUAUCAUUUAGCAGGGGUGGAAGUUCGUGACCACGCUUAGAAGAGGACCGAUGACGGAAGAUGUUAGCGACGGAUUUGCCAGGGGUCGAACCACUGAGAGCAAUUGAUUCUCUUUGCCUGUCGCGCGCUUGGCGCAUCCUUGAGGCCAUCUCAAGUAUCCCUGUGAUUCUAAGAUGAACUGAUAAGGAACUAGCGGAUGGGUCACGCAGUUGUCGCCUCAACUUUUUAGUCUGUUCUGAAGAAAAUGAGAAACAAAAGAAUCUGAAGAAUUAGGCUUGAGAUAUCUACGCGGCACAAACACUAGAAUGUCCUUGGAAACAUUGGACAUGACAUCACGAAGAAUGGUUACAUUGCUACAAGUGAGGAAGCCACACCAAUCCAAGGAUCUCAUAUAGUUAUUUAUUAAGUCGCUAUCUACGCAGUCGUAUUUCAUGUAAGUCCGAACGGCGCUUGUCUUAUUUUGAAAAGGGAAGUGGUAAGCAACAAUGAAUUAAUACGUGGUCACUGUCAAAGAGGUCCUUUUUUAAAGCAGCAGAAAGAGGACCAAUGUCAUUGGUAAAGAUUAGAUCUAAAAUGUGAUUAUUUCUUGUUGGAGAGCGCACCAGUCGGGACCAAUUAGGAAAAUUGACAAUAUCUUGAAAGGGCUGGAAUCUGGGUGGGCAGCUAUCGGAAACCCAGUCAAUUUCAGGAAGGUUAAAAUCCCCAGUGAUUAAUUUUACAUCGAAAGCAGCUUCCGAAAUUACUUUAAAGAUUUCACAAAGUUGAGAAUCAUCACUGGCUAAGGAAUUUGGGGGAUUGUAGAUACAGCCAAUAAUUGCCUUUCUUUGCGGCGAGAGAAUAACAGAUGCCAAGCAGAAGUUUCCCGUAAAUGAGGAAACAUCUAAGUAAUAUGGAAAGAGCUUUAGGUAGGAUUUAAGAUAAAGAAGACAACCACCCCCACGCCUAGUCGUGCGGUCUUGGCGGUAAAAAUCGAAGUCAUCUAUGAGAAGGGCAGAGUCAGGAAUUAGAGAAUGGGUCCAAGAUUCUGUUACACAUAUAAUAUCAGACGUCAUUUCCAGAGCAAUGGCUCUGAUUUGGGCCAUCUUGUUUAUAACAGACCUGGCAUUCAAUAAUAAAAUAUCUAAUGUGUUUCGAACGGCAAUGCUAUUUUCGACGGUAGUUAAAAAAAAUUGGAGGUGGAUAUGUAAGCUGUGAAUUAAUGUCACUUGGAGAAUAAAUACCAGUUAAUCUAGAGUAUUGACGUACGGGGAGUCAGCAAGUGAAGGCUGAGUUUGAGACCUUAAUAAUGUAGGUAUAUAGUUUUCAAACAUUGGAAUGCUAUGGGAGUUAGAAAAUGAAUAGCUUGUUGGUAGUUAAACAGUGGAGGAAGGGGAGGAGGGAGGCUAGAAGGAAAGGGGGGGGGCUAGUGGGUGAGGGACCCAAUGUAUAUUUGUUUAAAAAAUAUCUAUUGCCUUGACAGAUUCGCUCUGCUAUAUUAAACCAACGCUUUUCAUACACUCAUUGCUAAUGCGCCUAUUUUUUACUUUAUUCUAUAUUUAUUGUACAAACUUGAGUGCUCUGUGUUGUUAGUGCCACAAUUUAAAGAACAAUAUUAUGUAAAUUGUACAUGGUACUGGGAAAAGUUUGCUGACGUAUGUUCUUAACUCCGAAUAUUGCAUGUACCCUUAAAUUGUAUGUAACCGUAAAUAUACUAAAUUAUACCGAACUGUUGACGAACCAAUUUCUAGAAAUCUUCUCAAGGUCUUCAUGGGUGUGUACAAGCUAGUAAGACAGGGCUUACGGCUUUUAGAUACAUUUUGAUGCGCAAUUACCCAUUUUACUGCCUCGCCAGUUCCGUUUUCAUUAUUUUCACAAUUGAUUUGCGACCCCUGUGUGUAAGACUUACUGGUCUGGAGCUAUUUGGCGAAGUACUACCAAACUCCAAGCAAAGCGGUUACGUUGGCUAGCUUUCAAGAAGCAGGCAGACAUCUUUUUAUCUAUCGAACUAUCGAAGAUCGUGAAGGGCGGGAAGGCCAGUUGGUAUGAGAGUUCAUGCAGGAUAUUUGCGUGUAUGGCUUCCCCACUAGUUGAUUUAGUGGACUGUACCAGUCCCAUAGUUUUGCUUACUGCGUCCGUCGUGAGUGUCACCGUGCCAACUGUGUUUCUUGAUUAGGCAAUUCACCAGUAUGCUUCCCUAUAAAAAGGGGUUCUACUCAAUAUACGCAAUCAUGUAGAAAUCGGAAAAGAGAUCCGUCUUAUCUGAAUUACCCGCAAACGUAUUUCCCUGAUAAUUCUUAGAUUUGUUUUGGGCUACAUGUUAUAACCGGCAAUGACGAAUGAGACUGGAAUGGCCAUUUCUGGCUUAUUAACCGUAGUCAGCAAGUCAUACCCAACACAGAAGUGUGGAAAAUCCAAGGCUCGAACUCGCGACCUGUUAGUGUUUUCUCGAAUGCUUUUUCUUUCAUUCACUGUACAAUUAUAUUUUGGCUGAGUUACUCGUUUUAGCUAAAAUAAAUUUCGGUGUAUGUACGGUACUAUUGAGAGAAAGAGGUAAUAAUGAAAUACGUACAAACCUCAACAAUCGAUACCCUGGACAAAGAAUUCCUUUGUUACUUUUCGAGUAAAUCGAAUUCCCAGCUCAAGGUCAGAAUACGAAACUAUUUAAUUAAAAGAACGCAGAUCACGCUCGAAAGAGGAUUACAAAAGGGGGGAAGGGGAAUGAUAACAGAUGCCAAAUGGGAAAGCACUUGCGAGGAGAGCGUGGAGAAUUGCAAGCGUUGACCAGCUGGAUACAACACUGCCCGCCAAUUCUCCACAUCCGGCUCUUCAAACUGUCGUAAAAACUUCCAAUAAUGAACUAGUUUCCCGUCAAACCAGGACAACUCAACCUUGGGUAGUUUUAAACUGGCAGCUGACAGGCUGUUAGCACUUGCUUUGGGCAUAUCAACAUUCUCACUUUCGCAACGAUUACUCUCUUCAGGAGAAAUUUAAUGUAAUGUGCACUGUUUCACAUAUCCCGAGACAUGCGCGGCGGAAUCCACGGGUUGAUGGUCGUCAUUGGACAUCUCUUCAUCGGUCUCUACCUCUAUCCUUGAAAGCUCUGUCCUUCUCUCGGCAUCAAAAAUAGCCCGUUAGAGUUCGACCUCAAGUUUAAAUCGCUUCUAUUCUUUUCGGCUAUUUUUAGGGCUUUAACUGUUUUACUGAAACUGCGACUUCUAAUAGAAUCGUUCUUCCAAGAGCCAGACUGGACGUCUUUCUACAGCUGUCCUUGUCCUUUGAAGGCACCUGGUUUUUCUAGUCUAAGAGACUGUUCCGUACCGUCUGAGUCAUUUUUCAUGGAACGCGCCUGCAUUUGAUAAAAUUACUUCCCUCCAAUUUAUGGUACGAUGUUGAGUACGGUAGAAUACUUUGUAGUUUGAGUUCAGUUCAGUUCAAUUCAGUUUAUUCAGGGAAAUAGGCGUAAGCCUUUGAGUGCCCUAUUUAAAACGCAAAAAAUGUAUGGUAUACAGAUAAAUGUUCUGGACUGAAAUAGUUCAAACACGCCCAUAGUGAUAGGACAAAAUGAGAACGAGUUACAGGGGGUGAGCUCCACUUCUCAUCGCUCUUCGUCAUUUCGGAACAUGAAUAUGCCCAAAUUCUUUUUAAAAUUUUGUUAAGAUGGUGAGAUCACAACAUCUGCGGGAAGUGCUUUUUAUGGUUUGACCACUCGAACAGAGAAGGAGGACUUCCGCACAUGCAGCCUUGCUUGGUGAGUGCGCAGUUUGAACGGGUGACCCCGUAGGUUGGUCGUGGUAGCGAAUUCGAAAAAGUCUUCGAAGGCCAGGCUGCAAUCCAACCCCUUUACAAUGCGGAAGGCUUGCAGGAGAUCCCCGCGAAGUUGCCUGUAAUUCAAAGGAAAGAGUUUCAGAUUUACUAGGCGGGUUGCAUAAGGAAAGGAGCUUUGACCCCUAACCAUCUUCGUGGCUCUCCUCAGGACUCUUUCAAGGCAGUUUUGAUCCUCAACAGCCCAGGGCCUCCAGGCUUGUAUGCCGUACUCUAAAUGCGGCCGAACGAAUGUUCCGAAUGUCUUUGAGAAAGCAUUUUUGUCAAAGUCCAUAAACGCACGCUUGAUGGCGUACAAUACAGAUAUUGCGUUUUUUGCGACCCUCGAACAAUGGGCGGAUGGCUUUAGAGAACUUGUCGUCAGAACACCGAGGUCCUUUUAGGCUUCGACCUCUUGUAGGCCCGCACCGCCCAGAAAGUAGUCUCUUGUGCUGGUCGAUCUGGCUGUGUUGCCUAGGCGAACUAUGCUACAUUUGGCAACGUUGACCCGCAGGAGGCAACGGUUUGACCACUCCUCCAACCGAUUCAGGUUCAUCUGUAGUCUGUCUUCGUCGGCAGGACCCCGAACUACACUCCAUAUCUUCAUGUCAUCGGCAAACAUUGCUACUUCGCAGUCCAAAGAUCUUGCGGCAUCGUCCACGUAUAUAAGGAAUAAAAUUGGUCCCAGUUCUGAACCCUGGGGGACACCACUAUCGACCACAGCAGGAUCUGACUUUCCCCGACCGAUGCACACAACCUGGUGUCGACCCAAAAGGAAGUUUUCGAUCCAUUUAAGGAAGUUGACACCGACCCCUAUUUUUUUAAGUUUAUGUAAGAGCCUCUGGUGUGGCACAGUGUCGAACGCCUUCUGGAAGUCGAUGAAGGCUAUGUGGACCGCGUGCCUGUCGUCGAGAGCUCGGGUCCAGCUCUGGAGAGAUUGCAGCAAGUUUGUCAUUAGGGUCUUCCUUUCCGGAACCCAUGUUGGCAUCUCGAUAGCAGGCCGUUAACUUCCAGAAACUGCAUCAGUUCGCUCUUAAUGAUCCUUUCCAUAACUUUGCAGAGAAUGCAUGUCAAACUUAUGGGCCUGUAAUUUGUCGUCGGUGCCCUGUUACCUCUUUUGUGUAGCGGAUUAAUACGCGCCAGCUUCCAAUCGAUAGGAAGUGUUCCAGUGUCAAAUGACGUUUGAAAGAGCAUCGACAAAGGCGCAGAAGGCUCACUGGCAAGCUCCUUGAAAAGCUUGGGUGGAAUCUCGUCUGGUCCUGGUGACUUCGAUUCGUUCAAUGCCUCUAAUUCCCUUCGGACAAUUCCUUCUGAGAAGAGCAUAUCACUGACGCUUGGAGUCGGCAGUUUUUCUGUGGAGGGAGGAAGGAACCUUGCCUCGUCGGUGUAGACUGAAUGGAAAAACUGUGAAAAAUACGCAGCUUUAUCUCUUCUAUCCGCAAUCUCAACGCAAUCAGUAGUCCUUAUUAAGGGAAUUUGAUGCCUGUUCCUUGUACUUCGCCGGAGGUAGCUGUAGAUCAAUUUUUGGUUCUGCGUUGCUUUUUGUAACAAGUUCAUUUCGAAUUCCCGCCGCGUCUUGAUUAUCAGGUUCCUCAGUUUGUUCCUCUGUGUCUUGUAGGUGUUGAAAUAUUCAACUUACCUAGUGACGCAGUAUUUUCUCAACAAUUUGUGCUUCCCGUUGACUUCUUUCUUAAGGUUCCUAUUUAGCCACCCAGGGAGUUUGUUCAGUCUUACACUCGUCAGUGGGCAGUGGUUGUUGAUGAGCUGCAGAAGGACAUUCUUGAACAGCUCCCAAUCAUCGUUGGUAUUUCCCGUAAAUAGUGAGCCCCAGUCGAGACCGGAUAAGUCCGCCCUCAUCUGAUUGAAGUCGCCAUGCCAAACAUUCCGUCUUUUGUGGUCUGGAGUAUGUGAAAUGGAGAAUAACGAAUAAUCUCACAUAAGCACUACUUGAUCACUUCGGCCAAGGGGCGGCAUGGAGGUGAUCUCGUCUAUGCUGUCUGGUGUUUUUGUAAAGACCAGAUCCAGGCAGUUUGCCCUUUGUCCUUCACGUGUUCUCGUUGGGAAUAUUACAUGUUGUGUGAGGGACGCCUUUAAUGUUUUGUUCAGCAGACGGUAAUCGAAUGCCGAUUUUGGACCUGACGCUUAGAGGGUAUUCUAGUUUGUUCCAGGUGCGUUGAAGUCGCCCAUGAUCAUGAUGUUAGGUCGAUUGGAAAAUUUCUCCAACUGCUCAAAUGGUUGAGUGUCGGUGAUUUGGUCUGUCCGAGGUGGUCGGUAGACAGUGAGGACAUCGAGACACGGGGAACCGGUAGCCUUGAUGGUCAACCAAAUAUCUUCCGUGCCGCACGCAAACUUGGUGGUGUUUUCCGACACUGCCAGACCCUCAUUCACAUACACAACUAUACCACGACCCUGACGAUGUUCCCUGUCCCUUCGCUAAAUUUGUUAUCCAGGCAAGGCUACUUCGCUAUCGCUAAUAUUCCCGGACAGCCAAGUCUCAGUUUUUGCUAAAACAUCCGGAGACAGCUCGAUAAGGCAAAGUUUUGGCUCGUCUAUUUUCGAUAUGAGGCUUUGGGCAUUCGUGUACAAGGACUUCAGUUUGGCACCAGCCGAAUUUCCGGUUGUAUUUGUUUCUGUUGUGAGCAUUACUGCGUUGCCUCGGACGUCAGGUUCUCUGGGCUCUUCCGUUACCUGAUGGGUUCCAUUUAUAUCCGUUGUUUCUGUCGAAUCACUGGCGUUACGGGCUGACUUGUGUUGCCGCCUUGAGCAGGUGGUUCAACGAAGGUGUAUGUCUUAGCUGAGAAGCUGCCUUCGUUCUUAGUAUUACAGGCUGGUUCCACUGAAACGGCAUAUAUUUCCGAACUACUUUCCCCUUGAAGAUAGCCAGAUUGUGUUCGUCACCCUUCAGUCUUGAUUUUAACUCCAAGACAAGUUCCCGCCGUUUCAGCCGUUCCGCUGGUGAGUAGUCCGGUUGAAAAAAAACCUGUUUGUGUGUGUUUCUGAGAUCAGUUUUUUUCGAGAGGAUCAACUUGAUUUGCUCUUUGUUCUCCAGCAUAAUUUUGAGAGAGCGAGGUGGUUGUGAUGCUGUCCUGUUUUCACUCCUUUUUCCUAUCCGGAAUGCCUUCAGAACCUUUAUUUCCAUGUCUGCCAGGAGUAACUGAUUACGUAGACCAUGGAAAUAAUCAAGGUCCUCUGAGAUACGGUCUUCAGGUCUGACUGCAUUCGAUUCCGACAAACCCUGAAUAACCAGACACUGCUGGCGAGCAUGGUCCUCCUUACUUUGUCUUUCCGAUGAAUUCGCUGCAUGUGGGCGAGGACGAUUUACGGAGUCGUCGCUUGGGCGCACACAUUUGCUGUUUACCGACUGUCCCGAGCAGCCCAUCAGAGUUGGUUGUGAGUUCAGACUCCUGUCGAGGUGUUUCCCUCUCCCCUCUACCCAUGGGUUCAUGACUUCGCAUUCAGAUACGUGCUCUGUAGUGCGCUCAGGGUGGUUGCCGGAACAAGAGGGCAGCGGUAGACUGGAUGUCACAGGUAUAUCAUCUCCAGGCAAAAGAGAAAUCCCGUCACUCACAGCAAGAGGCUUAGGCGAUAUGGCUUCCGUGCCAGGUAAUUUUUCUGUGACAUUGCUUAAGAAAUCUUACAUGGGAACCGAGUCUGCCCUUAUUGGCGGCAUCUUUUUCUUUGUCCUGCUAUUACCGCCGUCUGCGGUUUUGGCUACUGAGUUGCAAUUCGUGUUUAAGAUGCCCCCGAGGAGAUAUUUUUUCGCGUAUUUUGCGUUUUGCUCUUCGUUUUUUGGGAUUCUAACAAUGAACAUGUUCUGGUCCUCUAUGGUCUGUUUCACGAGCAUCCUUAAAUCAGCAAGCUCCUUUUCGAGUUGAUCUACUUUGAUUUGCAUAUCUGCGCACCCAGCACAAGGCUCGUCUUCGUACCUAACACUGUUUGCGGUAGUUACGCUUUUUGCACGCUUUGCUGGUCGUUGGCUGGAAGCGCAGGUUAGGCGAGAACAGGUUAUAGAUGCGAAGGAUACCUCACCAGACUUAUCUUCCAAAGAAGUGCCGUCGCUGGCCGUACUAUAACAGUUAAAGUUUUACGGGGGCACUGCGGUAACAACAAAACUUGAGGCGCUGCAUGCUAUUAGGAAGAGGAAUGCAGGCAAGUGCUUUCAAGAGGGGCUGACUUUUUUGGAAUGUGCACAUUUUCCUAGAGGUCAGCUCCGAUAUAUCUGCUUAAAAUGGCAUGCUUUUUUUUCUGCCAAUAUAUACUCAGAAGCCGAUAAUUACUGGUCCUCUUAGAAGAGUCCACUCUCUGCUUGACAAGCACACAACGUUCCAUUCUGCCUGGCUGCUUUCAAGGCAACGUCGAAUUUGUCGCAACUGGCAAAUUGCGAGUUCAUUAUGGCCAGGGAAAUAUUCAGCUGCCGACACUGGAUACCUUAUUUAUUUUGCGCUUACAUUCAUAUGGUCUCCUAUGCGUCGUUACGGAUUUUAUUCAUGAUGAUGUUUUAAUAAGGUCUUAAAGGAAACUAAGGCUUUUGGCUGAUUUCUCGCUUACGCAAAUAGUCUAGAUCUGCAGGAGAGAAUGACGCGCGUUUCUAUCUUAGGGCGAUAUCGGCCAAAUUGGACAAGAUAGCCUGAACAGACAUGGUGAGAAAAAUAUGAAUAAGAAGAAAGCGAUGAAGAAGACGAAGAAGACGAAAAAUAAAGAAGAAGAAGAAGAAGAAGAGGAGGAGGAGGAGGAAGAAGAAGAAGAAGAAUAA